GUGGAGCAGCGGGUGGAGCCAGCCAAGAAGGCAGCGCAGGUUAUUCACAAGAAGCUGCUGGGCUGUCUGCAGAGUCAACUAGGGCUGGACACCGAGAGACGAACGGUAACGUCUCCUCUUUUUCACCUUUCAUCCCUUCCCCUUGACUUGACUUCCCUCUGUUAUGAUUAUCAAUACACAACUAUCAAUACAAAACUAUCAAUACAAAACUCUCUCUCUCUCCAGAAAAAACUCCCUCUCAUGCUGCUGUCUGUUAGCAUGGCGGAGAGCUUCAAAGACUUUGAUGCAGACUCUUCUAUCAGGUACUUUAAGUAACCAAACCAUUUAUUCAUCAUCCAAAUUAUCAGUCAAACAUUAAUCAAUCAGUCUAUUUCCUUCCUGAUAGGAAAGUGUUGGAGAUGUGUUGCUUCAUGGAGAGCCAUCUGGCCACAACGCUGGCUGACUUUGAGAUGAAGCUGGAGAAGGAGGUUUUGGAGCCUCUCAAUAAACUCAGUGAGGUAAGGGCUGCACGAGCACGAGGCUUUCAGACACUUUUGGAAGAAAAUGAAAGUUUGUGAUUAUGUAGUAUCACAUAAAAUAAAAUAAAAUAAAAUACAAUUGUAUUUGUCACAUGCGCCGAAUACAACAGGUGUAGACCUUACUGUGAAAUGCUUACCUACAAGCCCUUAGCCAACAAUGCAGUUAUUAAGAAGAAUAAGAGUUGAGACAAAUAUUGACUAAAUAAACUAAAGUAAAAAAUAAAAGAGCAACAAUAAAAUAGCAAUAAUGAGGCUGUAUACAGGGGGUACCGGUACCGAGUCAAUGUGCGGGGGUACAGGUUAGUCGAGGUAAUUGAGGUAAUUUGUACAUGUAGGUAGAGUUAUUAAAGUGACUAUGCAUAGAUGAACAGCGAGUAGCAGUAGCGUAAAGAAAGGGGGGGGGGGGGGGGGGGGGGGGUCAAUGCAAAUAGUCCAGGCAGCCAUUUGAUUAGCUGUUCAGCAUAUGAACACUAACUCUGUUUCAUCUGUAGGAAGACCUUCCAGAGAUUCUCAAAAACAAGAAGCAGUUUGCCAAACUCACAAUGGACUGGAACAAUGCACGCAACAAGUGGGUCACACAUUCUGUGUGAUUGAAUUUAGCACUUUAAGAUGUUUUAUUGUCACAUACACCGGAUAGGUGACAGACCCUAUAUGUUCCAGAACAGUGGAGGCUGAUGGGAGGAGCUAUAGGAGGACGGGCUCAUUAUAAUAGCUGGAAUGGAAUUAUUGGAACAGAGUCUAACGUGGUUUCAAUAUGUUUGAUACCGUUCCAUUUAUUACAUUCCAGCCAAUACAAUGAGCCCGUCCUCCUAUAGCUCCUCCCACCAGCCUCCUCUGUUCCAGACAGUUCAUAGUUCCUUUAUACAUCUAUAAUAACUACCUUUAAUCAGUAUCUCCAUUGUGUCCUCUGGCUUCUGAUCAUGGAUGACUUUGCCCCUUCAGGUCCCAGGCCAGUACGGGCCCUCAGGCAAAGCAGGACGGGCUGAAAGAGGAGGUGGAGGAGGCCUGGAGGAAACUGGAGAGCAUCAAGGUCACUCCUAUUAUGUGUGUUACUGUUUAAGACUUUGUGGUUUUAUGGGGUAGUUUCAGCCUCUUACAUAUGAACUGUUGGUGUGGCUAUUCGUUCUCUGCAGGACCAAUACUCUGCAGAUCUCUAUCACUUUGCCACUAAAGAAGAGGCCUAUGCCAGCUACUUCAUUCGUGUGAGUGUGGCCUGCUAAUUGUCCUCUCUUUCAAGCUGUGUUUGACUUUUGUUCAUUAUCAUGUGCUAUUAGGAAUUAGAAUUAAUAAGUGCCGGGUUUGUGCCCUCUCAGCUGCUGGAACUACAAGCAGAACAUCAUAAGAAUUCCUAUGACUUCCUGGAACGAAACAUCACUGAGCUAAAAGAGAGCCACAGUCAAACAGGUGAAUAGUGUGUAUGUACAGUGGGGAAAAAAAGUAUUUAGUCAGCCACCAAUUGUGCAAGUUCUCCCACUUAAAAAGAUGAGAGAGGCCUGUAAUUUUCAUCAUAGGUACACGUCAACUAUGACAGACAAAAUGAGGAAAAAAAAUCCUGAAAAUCACAUUGUAGGAUUUUUAAUGAAUGUAUUUGCAAAUUAUGGUGGAAAAUAAGUAUUUGGUCAAUAACAAAAGUUUCUCAAUACUUUGUUAUAUACCCUUUGUUGGCAAUGACACAGGUCAAACGUUUUCUGUAAGUCUUCACAAGGUUUUCACACACUGUUGCUGGUAUUUUGGCCCAUUCCUCCAUGCAGAUCUCCUCUAGAGCAGUGAUGUUUUGGGGCUGUCGCUGGGCAACACAGGACUUUCAACUCCCUCCAAAGAUUUUCUAUGGGGUUGAGAUCUGGAGACUGGCUAGGCCACUCCAGGACCUUGAAAUGCUUCUUACGAAGCCACUCCUUCGUUGUCCCGGGCGGUGUGUUUUGGGAUCAUUGUCAUGCUGAAAGACCCAGCCACGUUUCAUCUUCAAUGCCCUUGCUGAUGGAAGGAGGUUUUCACUCAAAAUCUUACGAUACAUGGCCCCAUUCAUUCUUUCCUUUACACGGAUCAGUCGUCCUGGUCCCUUUGCAGAAAAACAGCCCCAAAGCAUGAUGUUUCCACCCCCAUGCUUCACAGUAGGUAUGGUGUUCUUUGGAUGCAACUCAGCAUUCUUUGUCCUCCAAACACGACGAGUUGAGUUUUUACCAAAAAGUUCUAUUUUGGUUUCAUCUGACCAUAUGACAUUCUCCCAAUCCUCUUCUGGAUCAUCCAAAUGCACUCUAGCAAACUUCAGACGCUCCUGAGUGGCGCAGUGGUCUAAGGCACUGCAUCGCAGUGCUAACUGUGCCACUAGAGAUCCUGGUUCGAAUCCAGGCUCUGUCGCAGCCGGCCGCGACCGGGAGACUCAUGGGCGGUGCACAAUUGGCCCAGUGUCGUCCAGGGUAGGGGAGGGAAUGGCCGGCAGGGAUGUAGCUCAGUUGGUAGAGCAUGGCGUUUGCAGCGCCAGGGUUGUGGGUUCGAUUCCCACGGGGGGCCAGUAUAAAAAAAUAUAUAUAUGUAUUCACUAACUGUAAGUCGCUCUGGAUAAGAGCGUCUGCUAAAUGACUAAAAAUGUACUGGCUUAAGCAGGGGGACACGUCUGGCACUGCAGGAUUUGAGUCCCUGGCGGCGUAGUGUGUUACUGAUGGUAGGCUUUGUUACUUUGGUCCCAGCUCUCUGCAGGUCAUUCACUAGGUCCCCCCAUGUGGUUCUGGGAUUUUUGCUCACUGUUCUUGUGAUCAUUUUGACCCCGCGGGGUGAGAUCUUGCGUGGAGCCCCAGAUCGAGGGAGAUUAUCAGUGGUCUUGUAUGUCUUCCAUUUCCUAAUAAUUGCUCCCACAGUUGAUUUCUUCAAACCAAGCUGCUUACCUAUUGCAGAUUCAGUCUACCCAGCCUGGUGCAGGUCUACAAUUUUGUUUCUGGUGUCCUUUGACAGCUCUUUGGUCUUGGCCAUAGUGGAGUUUGGAGUGUGACUGUUUGAGGUUGUGGACAGGUGUCUUUUAUACUGAUAACAAGUUCAAACAGGUGCCAUUAAUACAGGUAACGAGUGGAGGACAGAGGAGCCUCUUAAAGAAGAAGUUACAGGUCUGUGAGAGCCAGAAAUCUUGCUUGUUUGUAGGUGACCAAAUACUUAUUUUCCACCAUAAUUUGCAAAUAAAUUCAUUAAAAAUCCUACAAUGUGAUUUUCUGGAUAUUUUUUUCUCAAUUUGUCUGUCAUAGUUGACGUGUACCUAUGAUGAAAAUUACAGGCCUCUCUCAUCUUUUUAAGUGGGAGAACUUGCACUAUUGGUGGCUGACUAAAUACUUUUUUUCCCCACUGUAUGUAUGUAUGUAUGUAUGUAUGUACAGUACCAGUCAAAAGUUUGGACACACCUACUCAUUCAAGGGUUUUUCUUUAUUUUAACUAUUUUCUACAUUGUAGAAUAAUAGUGAAGACAUCAAAACUAUGAAAUAACACAUAUGGAAUCAUGUAGUAACCAAAAAAGUGUUAAACAAAUCAAAAAAAAAUUUUUUUUUGAGAUACUUCAAAUAGCCACCCUUUGCCAGUGUGUCACCAGUAUAUGUUAACACAGACUCCCAGAAGAACAACUCUAGGGGGAAGGUAUACGGGGAGCCCCUGCUGACUCACCUGUACGACAGCGGCAGGGAGAUCGCUGUUCCCAUCCAGGAGUGUGUUCACAUGCUGCUGCACACCGGCAUGAGGGAGGAGGUGAGGACUGUGAUUAUUCAUCUACUACAUGGUAUUCAUGUGAAUGGGAUAUUAUUAAUUAACUGAGCAGGUGAAAGGACUCUGUAGCCAGUCUACGAUAAUGUUUGCCCUCCUGGAUAAAAUCGGUCUCUAUCUCUCUCCCUCCUACUCUCUCCCAGGGUCUGUUUCGUCUGGCAGCAGCAGCCUCGGUAGUGAAGAGACUGAAGAGCAGUCUGGAUGGAGGGGUCGUGAACCACAGCAAGUUCACUGACCCUCACGCAGUCGCAGGUCAGAGAGAAUGUCCCUGUUGACAGUACUCCUUAUUUAAGGUUUUCACGUUUCAAAUGUGUUUACUUGAUAGUACAACAACACGUAGGCAUUAAGCAGCAUCUUCUGUUUUUUCCAUGUAGGGGCUUUGAAAAGCUACCUGAGAGAGCUGCCUGAACCCCUCAUGACCUUUGAACUCUACAAUGAUUGGUUUCAAGCAGCAGGGUAAGGUCCUUGAUUGGUCUACAUCUUAGAAGCAUACAGUUCAUAGUGUCUUUAUAUCAUUUCUCUCUAAUUUCUCCUCAUCAAACGUCUCUCUGCCUGUCCCCGUCUUUAUUUAGGGAGAAAGAACUGACAGACAAACUUGAGCAGUUUAAAAUUGUGCUGAAGAAGUUACCAUCAGAAAACUACAACAACCUCCGGUACAUAGCUCUCUCAGAUCUUGACCAGUGGAGGCUGCUCAGGGGAGGACUGCUCAUAAUAAUGGCUGGAACGGAGCAAAUGGAAUGGCAACAAACCAUGUGUUUGAUGUAUUUGAUACCAUUCCACCAAUUCCGCUCCAGCCAUUACCAUGAGCCCGUCCUCCCCAAUUAAGGUGUCACCAACUUCUUGUGAUCUUGAUAGAUUCCUGUGUGAAGUUAUAAACACUCAAGAAUGAUGCAGGAAGCCACCUCUUCCUCUCUCUCUCUGUCUCUCUCUCUCUCUCUGUCUCUCUCUCUCUCUCUGUCUCUCUCUCUCUCUGUCUCUCUCUCUCUCUCUGUCUCUCUCCCCCCUCCCCUCUAUUAGGUAUCUGGUACAGUUCCUGUCGUGUCUGUCAGAGCAGCAGGCGAUAAACAGGAUGAGUCCCAGUAACAUUGCCAUAGUACUGGGUCCCAACCUGCUGUGGCCUCGCAUGGAGGGGUGGGUACUACUGACAUGCUGACAGAGAGAGGAAACUGAACCACACUGUCUAUCUAUCUAUCUGUCUGUCAUAAUAGCCCUAUGUCUCAGUGUUGUUCCUGAUGUUACUUUCUAUUGUUGCAUGGUUGUUAUUAAUCUGAUUAGGUCUCUGUUUAACUGUCUCUGUGUUAUUUAGUACUUGACUUUAACCUGUUUCUUUCUUUCUUUCUUUCUUUCCUCCCUCUCUCUUUGUCUUACUUCAAUUUUCCUCUCCUCCGUCCAAUUCUGUACCGUCAUCUAUUUUUCUCAAUUUUCCUCUCUCCCUCUCUCUCAGGGAGGCAGCGUUGUUGGACAUGGCGUCUGCCUCCUCUGUCCAGGUGGUGGCGGUGGUUGAGCCUCUCAUAAAAUACUCAAGCAGCCUGUUUCCAGAAGGUACACCUUCAAUGUUCUGUUUACGUGUGUUCCAGGGAGGAGCACUGGGAGUCCUUUAAGUGAUGAGUUGGUUUGCAUGACAUUUGUGGAAGUUAGCCACUAGAUGGUACCUGAGCGAGCUGCUUGAAUGCCUUAUGGAUAGUAUUUUAACUUUUUAUUCAUUCACCACUGAUGUUUGUCUUACUACAGUGGCUUGCGAAAGUAUUCACCCCCCUUGGCAUUUUUCCUAUUUUGUUGCCUUACAACCUGGAAUUCAAAUGGAUUUUUGGGGGGUUUGUAUCAUUUGAUUUACACAACAUGCCUACCACUUUGAAGAUGCAAAAUAUUAUUUAUUGUGAAACAAACAAGAAAUAAGACAAAAAAACUGAAAACAUGAGUGUGCAUAACUAUUCGCCCCCCCCCCCCAAAGUCAAUACUUUGUAGAGCCACCCUUUGCAGCAAUUACAGCUGCAAGUAUCUUGGGGUGUGUCUCUAUAAGCUUGGCACAUCUAGCCACUGGGAUUUUUGCCCAUUCUUCAAGGCAAAACUGCUCCAGCUACUUCAAGUUGGAUGGGUUCCACUGGUGUACAGCAAUCUUUAAGUCAUACCACAGAUUCUCAAUUGGAUUGAGGUCUGGGCUUUGACUAGGCCAUUCCAAGACAUUUAAAUGUUUCCCCUUAAACCACUCGAGUGUUGCUUUAGCAGUAUGCUUAGGGUCAUUGUCCUGCUGGAAGGUGAACCUCCGUCCCAGUCUCAAAUCUCUGGAAGACUGAAACAGGUUUCCCUCAAGAAUGUCCCUGUAUUUAGCGCCAUCCAUCAUUCCUUCAAUUCUGACCAGUUUCCCAAUCCCUGCCGAUGAAAAACAUCCCCACAGCAUGAUGCUGCCACCACCAUGCUUCACUAUGGGGAUGGUGUUCUCAGGGUGAUGAGAGGUGUUGGGUUUGCGCCAGACAUAGAGUUUUCCUUGAUGGCCAAAAAGCUAAAUUUGAGUCUCAUCUGACCAGAGUACCUUCUUCUAUAUGUUUGGGGAAUCUCCCACAUGCCUUUUGGCGAACACCAAAUGUGUUUGCUUCUUUUUUUCUUUAAGCAAUGGCUUUUUUCUGGCCACUCUUCCAUAAAGCCCAGCUCUGUGGAGUGUAUGGCUUAAAGUGGUCUUAUGGACAGAUACUCCAAUCUCCGCUGUGGAGCUUUGCAGCUCCUUCAGGGUUAUCUUUGGUCUCUUUGUUGCCUCUCUGAUUAAUGCCCUCCUUGCCUGGUACGUGAGUUUUGGUGGGCGGCCCUCUCUUGGCAGGUUUGUUGUGGUGCCAUAUUCUUUCAAUUUUUUAAUAAUGGAUUUAAUGGUGCUCCGUGGAAUGUUCAAAGUUUCUGAUAUUUUUUUAUAACCCAACCCUGAUCCGUACUUCUCCACAACUUUGUCCCUGACCUGUUUGGAGAGCUCCUUGGACUUCAUGGUGUUGCAGACUCUGGGGCCUUUCAGAACAGGUGUAUAUAUACUGAGAUCAUGUGACAGAUCAUGUGCACACAGGUGGACUUUAUUUAACUAAUUAUGUGACUUCUGAAGGUAAUUGGUUGCACCCGAUCUUAUUUAGGGGCUUCAUAGCAAAGGGGGUGAAUACAUAUGCACGCACCACUUUUCCGUUAAUGAUUUUUUAGAAUGUUUUGAAACAAGUUAUUUUUUUCAUUUCACUUCACGAAUUUUGACUAUUUUGUGUAUGUCCAUUACAUGAAAUAAAAAUACAUUUAAAUUACAGGUUGUAAUGCAACAAAAUAGGAAAAACGCCAAGGGGGAUGAAUACUUUUGCAAGGCACUGUAUGUUGAACUAAGCUAGGUAGGUCUAUGGAUUUUUUUUUAUGCAAAAUGGUUUCUCAGAGUAGGCCUAUGUUGUGUUCCUUUCCAGAGGUGGACUUUGAGAUUCCGGAACUUCCUGGGGUCUCAGAUUUGACCUUGUCAGAACCUCAACCCUCAGAGUCUGGAAAAGAGAAGCUUGCCAGAACUACCUCCUGCUCUUCCUCCUGCUCUUCCUCUUCUCAUCCCCCUCUCUGUAAAACACUUAGGUACAGCACACACAGACGGAACAGGAAGGAAACAUUGCCAAUAGUCAUUAAUAAAUGCAUUUGAACAGAGUUUUAUUUGUUCACUUUUUAAUUAUAACAGUGUGUUAUCUAACACCGACCAUCUCCUCCUCAGCUCAGCGUCACAGGACAGUGGAGGUCUAUUCAUCUUCAAGUCAGGCUCCAUUGGUCAUAGAACCACGACCUGGGGGAACCCGGCCUCAGACCCACCAGGCUCAACCCCACUUACCCCUACCCAAGUUCAGACCCAGAGCACGUCCCCCGUCUCAAGCCCAACACUGGUUCACCACACAUCCCCACUACCCAGCCCUAAACUGGAUCCUGGCCCAACCCUGGUUCCUUCCCCACCACCGGUGUCUGUCUGUAUUCCGACCCAGAAGCAGAGCCCUGAACCAGGAUCACUAGAACCCAUCAUUGAGGCCCCACCGGACUCCCCCAAAGCUAUACUGAAGAUCACCUCACCAUACAAACGUAGGUGACCCUCCACGGCCGUCCAUGACAUGCUAACGGUGCAUAGUAAAACACAGAACUCAUGUGGUAGCUAGCUAACGCUCUCUAUUGACAGUGCUGAAGUCAUCCAUAGAGCUCAUGUGAUGUGUCACGGUCCACCCCAGCAUAAGUGGCAAACAACUGCCCCACGUUAGUACACAGGAAGCCCACGUUCCACCGCAGCAGUGGCCAAAAUAACCAACGGCUUCUAAUGACAAAACUGUUGCAAUAAAUAACUGUUGCACUACCACAACCAACAGUUUUAGUUUCAAGUACAUGUAAAGACAAAUACUCUAAUAUAAUAAUGCACAUCUAUAGUCCCAAUAAGACGUAUCCUCAACCAAUCCCCAACACUGAACUACCCAUUUCUCUUUUUUCACAGCAAGGAGAUCCUUCUUUCAACACAAGCCGUCCAUCCCGGGUAAAGAGCAGGUAGUCGCUACAUACUCCAAACCCAGGACCCCAGCACCUCCGGCCCAGCAGAGGCACCCAAAACCCAGCCACAACCUGCACCCAAGCCCCUAACUCCGGUCCUGAAGAAGGCCCCAAACAAAAAGGGUGCAAUUAGGCCCCCCCAAAUCCCACCACCCAAGCCACCAGUACUGGAGAGCAAACAGGUGACCUCUAUAGCGCAAUGA